GGUCUGGGGAGCUUUCUACUACGGAACGCGUGGUUGGGGGCUGCGGGGGCUGCUGCGGGGGCUGCUGCCCCGGGAGGGCCCGGCUGGGCGGCCGCGGGGGGAGCUGCCAGACACGCUCACCCCCCGCGCUUUCUGCAUUGAAACAGUCCUGGGGCAAAGUUCGUGUCCGAAGGGGAUGGAAAAGUACGUGGCAGCCAUGGUGCUGAGCGCAGUGGGUGACACGCUGGGCUAUUGCAACGGGCGAUGGGAGUUCCUGCUGAGCGGCCCAGCCAUCCACAAGGAGCUGGCGGAGAUGGGGGGACUCGGCAACUUCAGCAUCCAAGGCUGGAAGGUCAGCGAUGACACAGUGAUGCACUUGGCCACGGCUGAGGCCCUGGUAGCUGCUGGGAAAAAAACAAGUUUAGCCCAUCUCUAUUCCCUGAUUGCAAAGAACUACAAGGAGUGCAUGAAUGACAUGGAAGGUAGAGCUCCAGGUGGCACGUGUAUGCAAAAUGCGCUGAAACUGGAUCCGAGGAGGCCGGAUGGCUGGAGGGUCCCAUUCAGCCCCCGGGCAGGAGGCUGUGGUGCUGCCAUGCGCUCCAUGUGCAUCGGGCUGCGUUUCUGUCACCCCUCCGAGCUGGACUCCCUGGUGCAAGUCAGCAUCGAGAGUGGCCGAAUGACGCACCACCAUCCCACCGGCUACCUGGGCUCCCUGGCUUCAGCCCUCUUCACAGCUUUUGCAGUGAAUGGCGUGCCCCCCCAGGCCUGGGGGAAGGGGCUGCUGGAAGUGCUGCCACAGGCCAAAGCCUACGUGCGGGACACAGGUUUCUUCGUGGAGGAGAACAUAGAGCAAUGGCAUUACUUUGAAGAGCAAUGGAUGAAAUACCUGGCAGAGAGGGGCAUAUCAGAUGGGGUCUCGCUGCCUACCUUCCCCCCCAAGUACGGCGUGGAAGAGAGAGACUCGUUCUACACCUCCCUCAGCUAUGAUGGCUGGGGGGGCAGCAGUGGGCACGACGCCCCCAUGAUUGCUUAUGACGCCCUGCUGGGUGCAGGGGACUCCUGGGAGGAGCUGGCUCACCGGGCUUUCUUCCAUGGAGGUGACAGCGACUCCACCGCCGCCAUUGCUGCCUGCUGGUGGGGGGCCAUGCACGGCUUCCGGGGCGUCAGCGCCUCCCUCUACACCCACCUGGAGUACAGGGACCGUCUGGAGCAGGUGGCCAAGGACUUGUACCGCAUCGCCUAGGUGGGGGGCAGCAGGGCCCCCCAGGGGUGUGCUUAUCCUCGCUCACUCAAGGACUUGCAAACCUGCUGGAUCAAAGCAUGCGAGCAUAAGCCAGAGCAGUGCUUGUUUUCUGUUUGUGUGUCUUGGCUUUGGAGCUAACUGCUUGUGGGGGAAAAGGAAUUAAAAGGGGGUUUGAUGGGAGCAUGCAACAAUGCGUCAGUCCCUCGAGCAGCCAAGUCCUGAGACAUCCCUCCUCAUCAGCAUGGCAGCUGCACAUCCACUGGGCCUCAAGGGGAGCAGAAGCACCCACUGCAGCAUUGCUAGUGAUGCUCCAGCAGCAGAACAGGCAGCAAAACCAACACAGGCUGCCCCCAAGCAGGUUCCUGCCCCUAUGAGCAUGCCAGAGGGGGCUGAGGGAUGCACAUCUGGCCGCAGAGGGCAGGCAUGGGCUGGCAGAGAUGCCUCCUGGUGAACCCAUGAUGGCUGGCUCAUGCUUUCCACCCUGUACUGCUGAUGGGGAGUGUCAAGGGACACUGCUGGCCAUCUAGCACCGAGCAUGUGUAAAGCUGAAACCUCUGCUCACAGAGAUUAUAGCAUAGAGAUUAUAGAACCUCUGCACAGAGACUAUAGCAGGUGCAGCCCAGCAACCUGCGAGGGGUGAAGGGAGCAAACAGCCAGUUGUGCACAGGGACAAGGGAGUUUUCUCAUUUUAGGAGAGGAUUUAGCAGAGGAUUUUUUUGUUUUAAAUAAAUGUGGGAAAAAACCCAAACCCAACCUGACAACUGUGUCAGCAGUGAAUUUUGCAGAAUUUCACAGCAUGCUUGCUUUACAGGUAAGAAUGUAUCACACUACUUCCCUAACUCCGUUAAUGGGGGAUUUCAAGACUAGUGGCCAAAUCCUUAUUCAAGCUAAAUAUGGGCAAUGAGAAAUAAACUUGCAUUUUGCAUCAGCUUAAGCAACUUCUGCAGUAAACUAUAUUCUUCUGCUUACAUCAAGGUUACAAAAGAUUAUUUGCUUAACAUUUGUUGUGGAUAAUUCUAGAAAAAAUGUUUUUUCUUCAAACCCAGACUAUGACACAGGAAAGUACUUGCUGUUUUCAGAGCAAUUUCAAAAAUGGUGUGUCCCAUUCAAUAAAUAGACCUGAAAAGCCUC